AUGGGAGAAGCUCAUAGAGUGAUGUUGAAGGAGUUGGUCACGCCGGGCGCUUACAAGUAUGAGAGCGAGAUUGCUCCAUUAUUGAUCCCGGAUGGUGAUUUUGAAAUCAAACCGGCUAUGAUCACCUUGAUUGAGAGGAAACAAUAUGGUGGCACAAAAAGUGAAAAUCCUCUCAACCAUCUCAAGGAUUUUGAAAAGUAUUGUAAUACAAUUAUGGUAGCCGGAGUUGCUCAAGAAUAUAUAAGGCUCAAGUUGUUUCCGUUCUCUCUCAUUGGAAGAGCUUUAGAGUGGUUGGACAAGGAGGUAAAGCCGAGGUCCCUUAGGACGUGGGAUGAAGUCACAAAAUCUUUCUUGUCUCGCUUUUACCCACAAAAGAAGACGGCGGAGGCUAGAGCCUUAAUCCAAAGUUUCAAGCAAUUGCCUAGAGAGAAUCUCUAUGAAGCAUGGGAGAGGUACAAGGAUUACCAAAGGGAAUGCCCUCACCACGGAAUUCCAACCUAUCAAGUCAUACAAAAUUUCUAUGGUGGUUUGAGCUCUCAAGGUAGAUCGAGCCUUGAUGCCGGAGCCGGAGGGCCGAUUAUGAACAAAACGGAAGAAGAGGUUGUGGAUGUAAUAGAUGAUGUGGUAAGGAACUACAUGGAUUGGCAUGAUGUAGAGAGGGAAUCGACAAGCACAAGUGGCUCAAUCGAUCAAUCUAAUGUCGUCAACAAUUUGUCCACAUUGGUCUCGGAGUUAGGAAAUGAGGUGAUUUCUCUCAAGACCAAGCUCGAGAGUCCUUCACAAGCUUCUAGUCUUCCCUCCCAAUUUAAGGGGAUAGGUACAUCUUCCUACUCUAACCCUCUUUUUGCUUCUUGUUGCAUGAUAAGAGAUUGCUUGAUUUGUGAUUUAUGUGGAAAGAAUGAUCAUAAUGCUUCUAAUUGCCCCAAUGUUCCUUGUGAUAUAUAUGAUGGAUAUGAGAAUGUGCAUGUGAAUUGUGUUGAUAAUAAUGAUUUUGGACCUAGAUUUAAUGCUAAAAAGAAUGUUGGGAAUAGGAAUUAUCACAAUGAUGGGAGCUAUAAUAAUUAUAACCAAAAGAGUGGUAACCAUAAUAACUUUUGUUGUAAUGAUCAAAGCCAUAGCCAAGAAUAUGAGGAUCAUAACCAAGGUUAUGGUAGCCAUAAUCAAAAUUCCGGCCAAAAUCAUGGUAGGAGUAAUUAG